AAAUGAAAAGAAACCAUCCACCAUUAAGAAAAAAAAAAAGGGAUCGAAUCAAUUACAUCCAUAAUUCGAGAGGAAAAACGAAACUCACCGAUGGUAAAAUUUCAGGCGAAGAAUCGGAACAGAGAUAGAGAGAGACCGCCCAGUUCUGGGAGGCAAAGAUGGCUAAAGCACACAAAAGAUAGGGAAAGUGAGAGAACGAAGAAGAAGAAGAAGAAGAAGAAGGGGGGCGUAUCUUCCGUACACGUGUCUCCGCCUCCACUUCUCUUUCCUAUAAAUUCGCAAAUCUCCUCUCCUCUUUGUCCCCCUCAAACCGCCGCGAAAUUCUUAAUUCUCCUCCGCCGGAACUGGAAGUCGCAACACGGGAACCCUAGAUCCGUCUUCGCUUCUCCGAUUCACCUCUCCGAUCACUUCUCAGGAUUGAAGAUGGUGUCGGACGCGAGCAAGAAGAAGGCGGCACAGAAGAAGGCAGCUGCUGCUGCUAAGAGAGGAGGGAAGGCUGCUGCUGCUGCUUCUUCUUCUUCUUCUUCAAAGGCUGCUGCAGCGGCGGCGGCGGUGGAUUCUCAGAAUGGAGCGGAUAAGUUGUCCGAAGGAGUUGGGAGUCUCCAAAUAUCCGAUCGGACCUGUACAGGUGUCCUCUGUUCGCAUCCGCUCUCUAGAGAUAUUCGCAUAGAGUCCUUGUCAGUUACAUUUCAUGGACAUGACCUCAUUGUUGAUUCUGUGCUGGAGCUUAAUUAUGGAAGACGUUAUGGCUUGCUUGGAUUGAAUGGUUGUGGGAAAUCAACCCUGCUUACUGCAAUAGGAUUGCGUGAGCUUCCAAUUCCAGAACACAUGGAUAUCUAUCAUCUAACUAGAGAGAUUGAAGCUUCUGACAUGUCUGCGUUGGAGGCUGUAAUAAGUUGUGAUGAGGAGAGGUUGCAGUUGGAGAAAGAAGUUGAAGCUUUGGCCGGACAGGAAGAUGGUGGUGGAGAACAACUUGAACGCAUCUACGAGAGAUUGGAAGCUAUUGAUGCAGCAACUGCAGAGAAACGUGCUGCUGAAAUUUUGUUUGGUCUUGGUUUCAACAAGAAGAUGCAGGCAAAGAAAACCCGAGAUUUCUCUGGUGGCUGGAGAAUGAGAAUUGCAUUGGCUCGGGCUUUAUUUAUGAAUCCUACCAUACUGCUGCUUGAUGAGCCCACAAAUCAUUUAGAUUUAGAAGCAUGUGUCUGGUUGGAGGAGAACUUAAAGCAAUUUGAACGCAUCCUUGUUGUGGUAUCACAUUCCCAGGAUUUCUUGAAUGGAGUCUGCACAAACAUUAUCCACAUGCAAAACAAAAAACUGAGGCUCUACACUGGAAACUAUGAUCAGUAUGUUCAGACCCGUGAGGAACUGGAAGAGAACCAGAUGAAACAGUACAAGUGGGAGCAGGAGCAGAUUGCUUCUAUGAAAGAAUACAUUGCUCGCUUUGGUCAUGGAUCAGCCAAACUAGCCCGCCAGGCCCAGAGCAAGGAAAAAACUCUAGCAAAGAUGGAGCGAGGUGGACUGACAGAAAAGGUUGUAAAGGACAAGCUGUUAGUCUUCCGUUUUGUUGAUGUGGGAAAACUUCCUCCACCAGUGCUGCAGUUUGUGGAGGUUACAUUUGGGUACACACCUGAUAAUCUCAUUUACAAGAACCUUGACUUUGGGGUAGAUUUGGAUUCCAGGGUAGCACUGGUUGGGCCAAAUGGUGCUGGGAAGAGUACGCUGCUGAAGCUGAUGACAGGGGACUUAGUUCCCCUUGAUGGCAUGGUCCGGCGGCAUAAUCAUUUGCGAAUUGCACAGUUCCAUCAGCACCUGGCUGAGAAACUUGACCUGGAAGUGUCUGCUCUUCAGUACAUGAUGAAAGAGUAUCCAGGGAAUGAGGAGGAGAGGAUGAGAGCUGCAAUUGGAAAGUUUGGGUUGUCUGGCAAAGCACAGAUCAUGCCAAUGAAGAAUCUUUCCGAUGGGCAGAGGAGCCGUGUCAUUUUUGCAUGGUUAGCAUAUAGGCAACCGCACUUGCUGCUCCUGGAUGAACCGACAAACCACUUGGAUAUUGAGACCAUUGACUCCCUGGCUGAGGCAUUGAACGAAUGGGAUGGAGGCCUGGUUCUUGUUAGCCAUGAUUUCAGGCUCAUAAACCAGGUUGCUGAGGAGAUUUGGGUAUGUGAAAAUCAAACUGUAACGCGUUGGGAGGGUGAUAUUAUGGACUUCAAACAGCACCUCAAGAGCAAAGCUGGUUUAUCUGACUGAAGCAAUCAUGAAGCAGCAGUCAAUCUCGUUAGUUAUAAAGCUCUAUAUCAUUGAUAUAUUUAUACAUGCAGCCUGGUCAUAUGACUAUAUUGCCAUAAUUAUCCAAGCAGGGGAGAUGAUGGCUUUAUUAUUGCUUAAAGCCACAAGGUUUCACAUCCUCUGCCAGUUUAUUAGUUGUAUUUUUGUUUCUAUCGAUUCUAGGCCUUAAUAGUCUAUUCAAGGUGAUUCAGCAUAAUCUUACUCUUGUCUAUGGAGUUGGUAGUACUUGCAUUUAUAUUUUAUACGCAUAUUUUGUACUUGAAAAUGUUUUAUCAUCUAAAUUCCAUAAUCAGAUCAUUAUUUUGUACUUUUGUCAUGUCUACUCUAGACUAUCCUUGUUCCAUCUGUGUUCUAAUGAUGUUCCAAACUACGGUAUAAGAAAUGUUUAUCUCUUCU